AUGGAGAGCAGAUACAAGUCCAUCAAGCAUAUUGGUGAAGGCGCCUUCAGUUCAGUUCUCCUUGCGCUCAACAUCGAGACGGGCGAAAAAGUAGCCAUCAAGAAGAUGAAGAAGCGGCGGUGGAAGGACACAGCAGCACAGGCAGAAAUCAGCGCUUUACAAAAGCUGCACCACGAGAACAUCAUCCGACUCCUAGACGUAUUCCGCGAGGACUACCGGUCCUUCCUAGUCUUCGAAUGCAUGGACUGCGACCUCAACGAGCUAGUAGUUUCGCGACACGGACGCAGAAUCCCCGACACUGUCAUAUUGGACAUCACCUACCAGGUAUUAAAUGGCUUGGACUUUAUCCAUAAGAACGAGCUGUUCCACCGAGACAUUAAGCCCGAAAAUGUCCUUAUCCGGCGCCAUAUCACUUCGUCUGGCGGGCCAGGCGGCAGCUCGGCCAUUGUUGUGGAGGCCAAGAUUGCAGACUUUGGACUCGUCCAUGAUUUGGAUUUCUCCCGACCCCUGACGGAUUACAUUAGUACGCGGUGGUACCGCGCGCCUGAAGUACUUCUGAACUGCCCUAACUACUCUACCCCAAUAGAUGUCUGGGCAGUCGGCACGAUAGUUGCGGAGCUGGCAACACUGCGACCGUUGUUCCCGGGAAGUAACCAGAUCGACCAGCUGCGGAGAAUCUUUGAGGUCCUCGGUACCCCU